AUGGGCCCCUGUACCGCCUCCUCAUGCUGCUGCCAGGCCCCUAAUCUGCCAUGGGCCCCUGUACCGCCUCCUCAUGCUGCUGCCAGGCCCCUAAUCUGCCAUGGGCCCCUGUACCGCCUCCUCAUGCUGCUGCCAGGCCCCUAAUCUGCCAUGGGCCCCUGUACCGCCUCCUCAUGCUGCUGCCAGGUCCAGAGUCUCUCAUGGGUCCCUGUACGGCCCUCCCAUUGCUGCUGUCUCCAUCGCCACACUCUGCCAUGUGCCACUUUCAGGUCUCCUCACACUGCUGGUGUGUUCCAUUUUUUGACAUAGGGUGCUGGCAGAUUACGGGCCUCCCAUAGCUGCUGCCAGGCCCCUAAUCUGCCAUGGGCCCCUGUACCGCCUCCUCAUGCUGCUGCCAGGUCCAGAGUCUCUCAUGGGUCCCUGUACGGCCUCCCAUUUGCUGCUGUCUCCAUCGCCACACUCUGCCAUGUGCCACUUUCAGGUCUCCUCACACACUGCUGGUGUGUUCAAUUUUUUGUCAUAGGGUGCUG